AUGGACACUACGCUGAAUGUUAUUUUGGAAUACACGGAGAUCAAAGAUUCAAAACUUGAUCCUGAAUUAAUUCGUGAUAAAAAACACGAAUAUAGUGUAAUUCCAAGAAACGAAAUGCAUAAAAGUGGCCACCAGAUUCAUGAUUUUACAGGAACACCAGCUACUACUAUUUUGUCGCCUCAACAUGCACCUCCAUUGGAGAAAAUGUUUGCUGCUUGUUGUGGAGCUUUGCUGACUUCCCUUUUCACAACUCCCUUCGAUCUCGUCAAAACUCGAUUACAAUCCCAGAGUCUUUACAAAGGUUCGACCGUGUCAAACACAAAAUCAUAUUCUUCCCUCACAUCAUGUUGUCAAGAAGUCUUUUAUUCCACACCAAAUAUGCAUCGGGAGUUCUUUUGUCACUCAUUAGAUCCACGUAUGCCAAAACAGUCCUCAACACUGAGUUGCGCUGUUGCAGAUGCUAUGAUGCCUA